CUAAGCUUCCUUUUAAUUUUUCUCUUUACUUCCUCUGUUUUUUUAGCUCCUCUGUUUUUUCAUGGUGAAGAAGAUUAUGAGGUCUGAUCCAAAGCAAUUUUCAACAAUGCAAAGGCAGAGCAAUGUUUGUGUUAAGAUUGCAGUGUCCUUCCUCUGUUUAGGUCUUGCUUUUCGGCUUCUAUUGUCGGAUUCAUUCAGCUUUUCUUCAUCAUCAUCAUCAAUGGUGAUGGAAGAAACUCCUCCUCCAAUGGCAGAGGAAAAAACAGAGAAGAAAACAGAUUCCCCUGUUUUUCAUCUUCCUCUUGAAGCAUCAUCUGAUUCUGUUGAUUUUCCAUCAAACAACAACCAAAGCCAAAGCUCUCAAAAUGGAGCAGAAAAAUGUGAUCUAUUUGUGGGAGAAUGGGUGGCAGAUAAAUCUGGUCCAAUGUACACAAAUGAGAGUUGCAAUUUGAUUGAGCAUCAUCAAAAUUGCAUGAAAAAUGGAAGGCCUGAUUCAGGGUACCUUUAUUGGAGGUGGAAUCCAAGAGGGUGUGAACUACCAAAGUUUAAUCCAAGAAAGUUUCUUGAUUUCAUGAGAAAUAAAUCAUUUGCUUUCAUUGGUGAUUCCAUCUCACGCAACCAUGUGCAAUCCCUACUUUGCAUUCUAUCUCAGGUAGAACCAGCUGUUGAGAUCUACCAUGACAAAGAAUACAGAUCAAAGAUAUGGAAAUUCCCAUCUCACAACUUCACACUCUCAGUAAUAUGGACUCCUUUUCUCAUCAAAGCAACAAUUUUUGAGGACAUGGAUGGAGUUUCCUCUUCAGAGACACAGCUUCAUCUUGACACUCUUGACACCCUUUGGACUAAACAAUAUGAAACUUUUGAUUUUGUGUUGAUUGGUGGCGGGAAAUGGUUCCUCAAGACCGCGAUUUACCACGAAAACAAUACAAUUGUUGGAUGUCAUUACUGCCCUGGAAAGAACCUAACUGAUUUCGGAUUUGACUAUGCAUACAGAAAGGCGAUCGGGCUAGUUUUAGACUUCUUUGUGAAAUCAAGUCACAAGGCGACGAUUUUCUUCAGAACGACGACUCCUGAUCACUUUGAGAAUGGCGAGUGGUUCAGUGGAGGGUAUUGUAAUAGAACAGUUCCUUUCAAGGAGGGUCAAAUAGAAAUGAUUGAUGUAGAUUCCACCAUGAGAGGUAUUGAACUUGAAGAAUUCGCGAAAGCAACAUCGUUGGGAUCGGAUAAAGCUGCGAAAUUGAAACUUCUGGACACAACUUUUCUAUCAUUGUUGAGACCAGAUGGUCAUCCUGGACCAUACAGACAGUACCAACCCUUUGCCAAAGAUAAGAAUGCAAAAGUUCAAAAUGAUUGCUUACAUUGGUGUUUGCCAGGACCAAUUGAUUCUUGGAAUGACAUAAUAAUGGAAAUGUUAGUGAAUCCUUAAUCUAUGAUCAGGUACAAUUACAAAUUCUUUUCAUACAUGAGAGUUUUAUCUCAGAAGUUCAUAUAGUUUAAACCAUACACAAUUAGGAAGAGCUUCAUAUAUUGUACAUUGAACUGUAAAGUGAAAUCAAAGUUUGCAAUGCACAAAUGAGGUUUGGACUUGAUUUAUUUUGUAUGGAACCUUGGUUUAAACAUUCACACUUAGUGUCAUUGUCAAAUCUUCAUCAAUAGAAAUGUUUAUGUACUUAAUUUUGA